GAAGAGAGCGAGCUUCAAACCCUGAGAAAGAAUCUCAGCACCAUAAAAUUCAGGCAUCCACUCAACAACUAAGACCAAUUAUGGAGGCCAAGGAGGUACCCCCACACCUCGGCAGUUGAGCGGCAGGAGCCGCGAGGGGGAAGCCGCAGGGUGGCGAGAGGGAGCCGUGAGGGCAAAGAACUGGAAGUUGUGGAAUUUAAAGAUGAAUUUUCUUUGACAAAAGGACAGCGGCUCCCAAUGUGUGGUCCUCUGCUCUGCUGGCUGUUCCAAGUGUGCUACCCAGCAGAGAACAGACUUCUCUCCCUCCCUCUGCCCCCACUGUGACGUUUCAGCCGAGAUGCCGCGCCAAUUCCCCAAGCUGAACAUCUCUGAAGUGGAUGAGCAAGUCCGGCUCCUGGCUGAGAAGGUGUUUGCUAAAGUCCUACGAGAAGAGGACAGUAAAGAUGCCCUGUCCCUCUUCACUGUCCCCGAGGACUGCCCCAUUGGCCAGAAGGAAGCCAAGGAGAGGGAACUACAGAAGGAGCUGGCAGAGCAGAAGUCUGUGGAAACUGCAAAAAGAAAGAAAAGUUUCAAGAUGAUCCGCUCCCAGUCCCUGUCUCUGCAGAUGCCAGCACAGCAAGACUGGAAAGGCCCCCCGACGACCAGUCCGGCUCUGUCUCCUGCAACCCCUGUGCUCCCUGGAGCCACUUCCCAGCCCACCCCAGCACCCUACGCCAUGCCUGAGUACCAGCGGGUCACCAUCAGUGGAGAUUACUGUGCUGGGAUCACUGUGGAGGACUAUGAGCAGGCCGCCAAGAGCCUGGCCAAGGCCCUGAUGAUCCGGGAGAAGUAUGCACGGCUCGCCUACCACCGCUUCCCUCGGACCACAGCCCAGUACCUGGGUCAUCGGCGGGCCAACACUGCACCCCUGGAAGAGGGUCUCCCAGAAUUCCACCCUCCCCCACAGCCUGGGGAAGACCCUUACUGCCUGGACGAUGCACCCCCCAACCUGGGCUACCUGGUCUGCAUGCAGGGGGGCAUCCUUUUCGUGUAUGAUAACAAAAAGAUGCUGGAGCGCCAGGAGCCCCACAGCCUGCCCUACCCUGACCUGGAGACCUACACGGUGGACAUGAGCCACAUCCUGGCUCUCAUCACUGAUGGCCCCACGAAAACCUAUUGUCACCGGCGACUGAAUUUUCUGGAAUCCAAAUUCAGCCUUCACGAGAUGUUAAAUGAAAUGUCCGAGUUCAAAGAAUUGAAGAGUAACCCCCAUCGAGACUUCUAUAAUGUGAGAAAGGUGGACACACACAUUCACGCAGCAGCCUGCAUGAACCAGAAGCACCUGCUCCGCUUCAUCAAGCACACGUACCAGACAGAGCCUGACAGGACUGUGGCUGAGAAGCUGGGCCGGAAGAUCACCCUGCGGCAGGUGUUCGACAGCCUGCACAUGGACCCCUACGACCUCACUGUGGAUUCCCUGGAUGUCCAUGCUGGCCGACAGACAUUCCAUCGUUUUGACAAGUUCAACUCCAAAUACAACCCUGUGGGGGCCAGUGAGCUGCGCGACCUGUAUUUAAAAACUGAAAACUAUCUGGGAGGAGAGUACUUUGCCAGGAUGGUCAAGGAGGUGGCCCGAGAGCUGGAGGAGAGCAAGUACCAGUACUCAGAGCCACGGCUGUCCAUCUAUGGCCGCAGUCCUGAGGAGUGGCCCAACCUGGCCCGCUGGUUCAUCCAGCACAAGGUCUACUCACCCAACAUGCGCUGGAUCAUCCAGGUGCCCCGGAUCUAUGAUAUAUUUAGGUCAAAGAAGCUGCUGCCAAACUUUGGAAAGAUGCUGGAGAACAUCUUCCUGCCCCUUUUUAAGGCCACAAUCAACCCCCAAGAUCAUCGGGAGCUUCACCUCUUCCUCAAAUAUGUGACAGGGUUUGACAGUGUGGAUGAUGAGUCCAAGCACAGCGACCACAUGUUCUCGGACAAGAGCCCCAAUCCAGACAUCUGGACCAGUGAACAGAACCCGCCCUACAGCUACUACCUGUACUACAUGUACGCCAACAUCAUGGUGCUCAACAACCUCCGCAGGGAACGAGGCCUGAGCACGUUCCUGUUCCGGCCUCAUUGUGGGGAGGCUGGCUCCAUCACCCACCUGGUGUCUGCCUUCCUAACUGCCGACAACAUUUCCCACGGGCUGCUCCUCAAAAAGAGUCCUGUAUUGCAGUAUCUCUACUACCUUGCUCAGAUCCCCAUUGCCAUGUCCCCUCUUAGCAACAACAGCCUUUUCCUGGAAUAUUCCAAGAACCCUCUGCGGGAAUUCCUGCACAAGGGACUACACAUCUCUCUCUCCACCGAUGACCCCAUGCAGUUCCACUACACGAAGGAAGCACUGAUGGAGGAAUAUGCCAUUGCCGCCCAAGUGUGGAAGCUGAGCACGUGCGACCUGUGUGAGAUUGCCAGGAACAGUGUGCUGCAGAGUGGCCUCUCGCAUCAGGAAAAGCAAAAGUUUUUGGGACAAAAUUAUUACAAAGAAGGACCCGAGGGAAAUGAUAUUCGAAAGACAAAUGUUGCUCAAAUCCGGAUGGCAUUCCGUUAUGAGACCUUAUGCAAUGAGCUCAGCUUCCUGUCUGAUGCCAUGAAAUCAGAAGAGUUCACAGCCCUGACCAAAUAGGUCCUGCACUCAACAUGCAUCUUAACCUUUUGGUUUAAUUUCAGGUCAGCGAUGGCUAACAGUGGUCAAGAUACCAAACUAGGGUUUUCCUCUGUAAAGAGGAUGAGUACGAAGAAAUUUCAAACUUGUGAUUUUGGUCGCCCUGUUCAUUUUAUGAUCAGACAUGCCCACUUCUGUUAGUAUUUCUGAGUAAGAGGUGGCAGCUUUUCCUUGGGUACCUGGGAGCUGGCACUAGUCUGUACUUGUUCCUAAUUUUCCACAUAUUUCUCUUGUAACUGCUGGGGCUUGAGAGUUGGGGCCAGGAUUAUCCAUGGUCAAAUGCCAAGUGACAUGAGGCCUGUGUGGUUUUCUGCCACUUCUCUCUGUAGGCCUUGCAGGCUAAUUGGUAGUUGUUCAUUUCAGCCUUUGGCUGGCUGGUUGCCUUAAACAAAAUCACUUCAAAGCUCCCUUUCAUAAAGGGGCUACUUUGAGAGAAAAUAGAAGAUUCCUUUCUUGACAGUAUUUUUUUUUUUAAAUGAAUUUAACCUGUUUAUUUAACUUUCCUUUCUAGUCAGGAAGCCAAGUGUACUCAUUACAUGGGCACUCCUAUUCUGUUUUGGUUUCCUCAUCUGGGAAGUGAGAGUUUGGAUACACAAGUAUUUUCAAAUGUGUUCUGUGAAUCCUCAGGAACAACUCCAGGGGUAGGGAAGAGAUGGGGUGAAUGAGGUUCAGGGGCUGUCAACGUGACUCUGCUUUCAUCAGUUUUACACUGGGGCUACUACAUAUUUUCAUUUGAAAAUUAAAAGCUUUGAGAAAUACAGAACCAGAUAAUCUCUGUUCCUUUUGGUUUUAAUAUCCUAUGACUGUAGCCCAAUUAGUAUUAAUUUACCCAUGAAGAGUUUGGUCAGAGAAGUGAAAUUUGUUUGCUUAGGGUCACACAGUUAAUAAAUAACAGGACUAGAACUAGGUUUCCUUAUUUCCAAUUCAGUCCUUUCCCUGCUAUUCCAUGACACUUCACAAAUGAUUUUUCUUUUUAAACUACUAUAACCUGGUGCAUUUUUUUCAAAGGCAAAAUUCUCCCUUACCUGAUACGAAGAUUUCUUCAGAAGAUCGAGUGGUCCCAGGAGCCAGAUAGAAAGCAUUUUUAUGACCAAUCUGAAGUUAAACUUUAUCAAAGAAUUCCUCAUCUGUGUUACUAGUGCCUAGUACAUAGUAGGUGCUCAAUAAAUGCAUAUGGAAUAAGUGAAUGAAUUUCUCUUUUGGCAACUUUUUAAGGAUAUGUGCUCUGAGUAUUCAACAAAAUACUCAAAACUAAAAGGACUCUGUUUUUGCUUGGGAACAUGUAUAUUGACUUUAGAUUGUCUUGUCCUGUGACUUUAUAAUGCCUGCCCCCCCAGUGGUCAAAAUAGCAUACGGAUCUAUAAAUGUAAUCUUUUUACUAGGCAAACACAUGUGCUGUCUUACAGCUAAUUAUGAAAUUGAAUGGAAACCUGUUGUUAUCUUAGGGAUUAUUUUUUAAAAACCUCCAUUUGUAUACAUUUGCCCUAACAUAGCAAGUAUUGUACAGUUUUUCAUUGUAAAUUUAUCUGUAUCAAGUAUUUUUUGAUUAUUAAAUAGUCUGUUAGGAUUGUGACUCAAAUAAUUUAAAACUAUCUCACAUUAAUAUUUAUACCAAAUAUUUUUUACUUUAAGAUUGGGCAUAAUGAAAUGCUAUCAAUAACUGUUAAUUUAUUUUUUAACUAAGAGACAUGGCUGAUAUUCACUAGAAAAAUUCAAAAUACUCAAACCGAAGCUCAUUAGACCCAGAAGGUAAAUCUUUGCUACCUUUUUUUCCUCUCACUUCUGCCCUGUUAGGGGUUCAUCAGCAAAGUUCCUUUCCCUGGAUAGUACAUCAGUCUGUUCAGCCAACGUGUGUUGGUUCGACCUGCAAUAUUUCCAGGCACCUAUCUCCUGGAGCACUUCACACUGACUACACUGUUGUCUUGAUUGGCCUUUUUGGAAGUGAAUUCCUACUCUCCACUGUGUUUGCAGUUGGAAUCAGAGGCAAUUGUAUACUGGUUUCUAAUGGAAUGGCUCUGAGGUCGUGUUAAUAGGUGUGCUUUCCAUGUUACUUUGAGUUGUAUUACUGAAAUGGUCAACAUCCUUAUUCUUUGUCUCAUGAACACAAAUCUCAGCUCCUGGGAUGGCACUGAUCAAGGCUUUUACUUCUGGUUUCCUCUUCACAUGUUUCUGAGUAAAUGUGCUACAAUACUGGUGUACACCUGUAUGUUCUAUCCCUGAACCAUGGCUGUUAUAAAGAACAGGUGUAAUUAACUCCAAUAAAAGGAACACAAAUCAUGGAUAAACACAGCUCUGUGGAUAUUUCUGUACUCUCAACCUCUAGAGAAUAAAUGUCUUUUUAGUAAGAGGAUAACAGUAAGACUAUAAAUAGCUACAAGAUUAUCAAAAUACAUCUCUGAGGAGGCUUUUAUGUCUUCUGAUACCAAAAUGUAAAUUUCUCCACAGUAUGAUGAUAUGCAUCAGUAAAUUUUAAUUAUAAGCUGCCACUUCCUCUUUUGUCUUUUCUCAACACUAAAAUUUGAAGAUGCAUCUCUAAUUAUAUUCUUGGAUCUUGGAAAUGAUUUUACAAGGUAAACACCAAACAACCACGGGAUGGAGCAUUUUAUCAAUUAUUUUUACUGUUCAAUAGGACAAAAAAGAUGUGAAAACAAAUGAUAUUCUACUGCCAAUUGUUUAUAUUAUAUUGUCAUAUAUUAUAUUGUCAUAUAUUGUCAGUGUGGGUUAUCAGCUGAUUUCUCUAAUCUCCAAUUAGUUUUCUUAUUCCUGGAUAGAUGAAGUAAACUUCAACAAAACAUAACAAAUAAACAAAAUGUCAACAAAACAUAAUAAAACAAAAACAUAACAGAUAAAAAUGCAAAUUUUUCAGACUGCUUUUUAAUGAACCUACAUUCCCAAUGUUAAAAAUUACUGAACCAAAAGAUAUUUCCAAGCAGCCUUAUUAUUGAGACAUAUAUUGGACAUAAGAAAAUCAAGUCCAAUUUGAAAUUAUUAUCAGAACAUAGCACAUAAACAUCACAAAUCCUCAGAGCACAAAUAGUCCUCUAAGGAAUAUAAAUAUUUAGUAUUUAAGAAUAUGAAAUUAGAUAAGAAAAUCUCAAUUUAGCUAAAAUUGACUAGCUAAAGAUUAUUUAUUGCACAACUUAAUCAGUUUCUCCUAAGAAUAAAACAGAUACUACUAUUCUCAACCUCUAAAUUCAGUACAUAGUCAAACUCAUAUUCUUAAACUAAAGUUCUACAGCAUUAUGAGUAAACCCUUUGUUACUGAGUUAGAAGGGAAAACUAUAACUUACAAAACAAAUUCCUCAGAAUACAUGAGACUAUUUCACAAAUCCUAGAAGGCACACAUAUUUCCUAUCAUAGUAAGUGCAUUUAAGUACUUCAUAUUUAAAAAGACAAAGCUGUACAGAAUAGAAAAAGCAUACAUUUCAUCCAUUAGACAAAUUUACAACUCUUAUGAUUAUGAUUAGAUAUUACAAUAGAACCUAAAGUUCACAUCUUAAGAAUUAUCACUCAGUUUAAUAAAGUGAGUAAAGAACUACGUUCAUUUAAUAAGGCUAAUAAAAAACAUUUUUAUUUUUCACAGUAGAACAGUUAGUGUCUUGGAGUUCAUAUUGCAAGAUAAAAAGGUGUGGCCAAUAUCAAGUCACUGUUUAAUAAUUCCUUUAAAGGUGAAGGAUUCUGGGGAUAAAAUCAUUGGCUAUACCUGGAAAGAUCAAAAAACUUGGAAAGCAGUAUUGCUCAUUUCCAGAAAUAUUUUAAAAUUAGACACUCUGAAUUAAACUCAGACUAAUCCAAAAUGACAAUUAAGAUUUUUAGAUCUGGGAUACAUCUCAGAGGAUCACUUAUCCCAAGGUUUUCAAAUAAUGUUCCAUGGAAUAAGAAGAAUGAGUGGAGAAGAUUCAGGAACCUGCAAAUUUGACUGGAAUUAAUUUUUUUUUUUAUUUAAAAAAAAGUUAAAAGAAUUCUCAUGAUACAAAUUUGUUACCAAAUUUUAAUAUGUAUCACCAAUGUAUUUUGUGUUUUCACUGGUUGACCUAAUAUUUAGUAAUUAUAGUGCACAAAGCUUAUGUAAGGACAUUGAUAUUAAUAAAAUUAAGA